GUCAGUGAAUAUAACAAUGUGGAUUUUGAUUCUUCUGAUUAGUUUCCUAACCGACAUUUCUCUCCGAGGACAGAAAGGUCCUGGGUGUGUCUCUGUGAAUAAAAUGCUGUGGCCAUUGAUUCUCCUGAUUGGUUUCCUACCUGUUUCAGGUGCAUUGUGGGCAGAGAAAUAUGUAAGAGGAGUUGUGGGAAGAGUGAUCACAAUCGAUUGUCACUAUGAAGCAAAGUACCGCUCACACACAAAGAAUUGGUGCCAUGGAUGGACUCCGCAAUGUUCAAUUUUAGUGGAAACAAAAGGGCAACACGGACGGCGUGGACGAGUGUCAAUCACAGAUAACCCGGAACAGGGAAUAUUUACUGUUACUAUGGAGGAUCUUCGCUCUGGAGAUACAGGAUGGUACAGCUGUGGAAUUAUAACACCAGGUGCCGAUCCAAUGUUUAAUGUUCAUCUACAAGUAUUUGAUGAACCUGUGUCUGUUCCUGUGCUUCAAUAUCUAUCACCAGCAAAUGUCUCACGUCUCGGGGGCUCAGUGUCAGUUUCCUGUGAGUCCCUCCAGGGAUCCCUUCCCAUUCAGUACACAUGGCAUGAACAAACCUCAUCUGGGUAUCGAAAGGUAUCAGGCACCAAUGAACUGGCUCUGCGUUGUCAAUCAUUCAACCACCAGCACCAUCAAUAUUACUGCAGAGCCUCGAAUCAGCUGGGAGCAAGAUCCAGUGGAAUGGUUAAAGUGACAGUUUUCAACAACGGAGAGAUCUGCAGCUAUGUGACAGAAAUCAAUGGCACCAUUUCAGGUGCUUUGUGGGCAGAAGAUAAAGUAAGAGGAGUUGUGGGAAGAGCGGUCACAAUCGAUUGUCACUAUGCACCAAUGUACCGUUCACACACAAAGUAUUUCUGCCACAUGCAGGGUCGCCAGUGCACAUCGUUCAUGAUUACAACUGGGACAAAUGAGCAGUCUGGAAGUAUGACAAUCCGAGAUAACACAUUCCAGGGAACAUUUACUGUUACUAUGGAGCACCUUUUCUCUAAUUAUGAAGGACUUUACAGAUGUGGAAUUAUAACAUCUGGCAAUCAUCCAGUGUUUGACAUGCAUCUACAAGUAUCUGACGAACCUGUGUCUGUUCCUGUGGUUCGAUAUCUGUCACCAGCAAAUGUCUCACGUCUCGGGGGCUCAGUGUCAGUUUCCUGUGAGUCCCUCCAGGGAUCCCUUCCCAUUCAGUACAGAUGGUAUGAACAAACCUCAUCUGGGCAUCCAAAGAUCUCAGAUACCGAUGAACUGACUCUACGUUGUCAAUCCUUCAACCACACACACCAUCAAUAUUACUGCAAAGCCUCAAAUUGGUUUGGAGCAAGAUCCAGUGGAAUGGUUAAUGUGACAGUCUUCAACAACGGAGGGAUCUGCAGUUAUGUGACAGAAAUCAGUGGCACCAUUUCAGGUGCUUUAUGGGCAGAAGAUAAAGUAAGAGGAGUUGUGGAAAGAGCAAUCACAAUCGAUUGUCACUAUGCACCAAUGUACCAUUCACACACAAAGUACUUGUGCCAUAUGUGGGAUCGCCAAUGCACAUUGUCAGUGAAUACAAAUGGGACAAAUAAGCAGUAUGGAAGAAUGACAAUCAGAGAUAACACAACCCAAGGAAUAUUUACUGUUACUAUGGAGAGUCUUAUCUCUAAUGAUACAGGAGUUUACAGAUGUGGUAUUACAACAUCUGGCAAUCAUCCAGUGUUUGAUGUGCAUCUACAGGUAUCUGGUGAUCCCAUGUCUGUUCCUUUGCUUCGAUUUUCACCACCGAGUGGCUCAAGUUGUGUGGACUCUGUGACAGUGUCCUGCGAGUCUGUCCAUGGAUCCCUUCCCAUUCAGUACUUCUGGUAUGAAAAGACAUCAUCUGGGGAUUCAAAGAUCUCUGACACCAACAAACUAGAUCUACAUUGUCAAUCCUUAAAAUACAACAAAUACCUGUAUUAUUGCAAAGCCUCAAAUAAUCAUGGAGAAAAGUCCAGUGAAAUGGUCAAUGUGUCCAUCUCCAACAAUGUCAGCACCUGCAGAAAUGUGAUUGAAGUCAACAGCACGGGGCCAAUCCAUGUCUGUGAAAAUACUGUGACAGAAUCUACGACAACUACACAAGGGGAUGAAUCUACAUCAGAUAAAAUUUUCAUGAUGUGGAAGGUGGGUCGUUGGCUGCUCUUCGCUCUCCUGAUGAUCAGCAUGAUUUCAGUCAUGUGGUUCACAAGAGAAACUAAGAGACGUGAUGAAUCUGAUCCUCACAGCCUGGUGCUCCAGGAGCUAAAGUGAAGACUCCCAGAUUACAUUGACUGUGCUGGAAUCUUGCAUCAAGACAAAAUAUUAGUUUUCUGCCCACUUUGCGGUGUGAGAAUUUAACUGUUCACUCCAUGGAGAUAAAAAAAUAACAAGACAAUGUCGUCAUCUUUCAUGGCAGUGACUUUAAUUUUUGAGUUCCUUCUCCAACAUACUACCCUCAUUGAUAUCAAUAUUACAGCAGUUUUCCCAAACUGAGCAAAAAUGUUAAACCUUAUAUAACUGUGAACUGAUUAAUACCCUUUUACACUGUUAAACUUUGUUCUAUGGAUUCAGAUGCCAGAAGAUAUUUGUUUAUUCUAAUAACCAAUGAAUGAUAAUUAAGAUGUUUCUUCAUAAACUGAUAUUAUCAAGAAGGGGUUUUGUUUCGAACUGAAAUGCAUUCAUGGGAAAUAGAUCACAUUCAAGAUCCUAGACUUCCCUUUGCUGUCAACAGCUGUAAAUCUUCAGUAAAGGGAAUCAGUUAAUCACUCAUUCUGACAUUCCAUCAGAACAAAUUUAUAAAGUAUUAGCUUGACUUUUAUCUCUUCAGAAGCUGUCUGACCUACUGGGUAUUUCUAUUAUUCACAGCAUUCAUUUCAGAUAGGAACAUAUUCAUGGUUUAUAGUUCAAUUUUUAUUGUCAAUCAACCACCAUACCGGAAAAUACAUGAAUACAGACAAAUGAAACAGCGUUACUCUGGGACCAAGUACAAAACAUAGUACCAAUAGUCACACACGGCACAAAGACCUUACAACAUAUUUAAGAUAUUAGUAAAAUACAGUCACGAUGAUUGAAAAUGCCACCAUCUUAUUUUGCUUGCGUGUUCAGAAAUAUUGAUCCAUAGCACACUGAUUGCUGUGAAGAAUUAUUCAAUCUGGGUACAAUUGAUUUCACUGUAUAAGGGUGUUAAAGGACAAAGAGCAAUAGAAGGUAACAUAGGGAACUGAAUUAAAUGAGUGAUGCACAACAUGAUGCAUCUUGUAAAAACACAAAAUGCUGGCAGAACUCAGCAGGCCAGACAGCAUCUAUGGGAGGAGGUAGUGACGAUGUAUUGGGCCAAAACCCUUCAUCAGGAGUUGAUGAUGCAUCUUGUAUUAGAUAACAGGGUGGGAAAUUCCAA